AUGUCAGUAUUUGUUGGACCUAUUGAUGUUACUGGUAUGGAAUGUUGUGAAUUUACGCAUGAAUGGACAAUUUCAAACUUUAGUCAUCGGGUCAAAGAAACAAAUCAAUCGCCAAUUUUUUCAUCUCAUUAUGGUGAUUUUGACGAUAAAUGGAUUUUGGAAAUACUUUCAUAUAAAAAUUGCCUUGGUGAUACACGUAUAGUGGCUGAUCUACAGCUUCAAUCAUUCAAUAAUAAUACUACUUCACAACUCCAAACAAAAUGUAAAAUAUUAAUUAAUGAUAAAUAUAAAAUAACUAAAGAACAUAAUUUCAGUAAAUUUUCAGAAAAAAUUACCUGCAGUAAAAUUAUUCCAACAAUAGAAUUGUUAGAAAAAACUAAUGAUGAACUUAAAAUUUGUUGUACAAUAACAAUGUCUAAAAAACAAACCAAUUUUUUCGAUAUAUUUUCAACAAGAAUUGCAACACCACAACUGAGUGAAGACUGGAAAAAACUUUUGUUAAAUGAAAAAUCAAGUGAUAUUACUAUUCAAGUGGGUCAAAAAUCAUUUCGUGCAAUCAAAGGAAUUCUUGGAGUACGCAGUCCUGUUUUUUCUGCAAUGUAA